AUGGGACUUUGGAGGAAAUUCUUACAUCAACAUAAUAGACAAAUAUUACCCAUAGAUUCAAUUAUAUCUAAAAAAGAUAAACGAAGAAACGGAAUAAAGGAACGAAGAGAUAAACCGUUCAUUGAUAAUGAGGAGAGAAAGAUGGAAGAAAAUGAUGCUGAUCAGCCGAAGACAAAAUUAUCCGAAACAACCUCUGUUAUCAAUACCGCCACCUCCACUCAACCAACUGAAAGUUUAAUUACCCUUGGUGGUAAUAGUACAUCUCCAACAUUAUCGUUACCAACAAAUCAAGUGAAAAUAUUUCAUCUUCACAAAAAUGAAGCAAUUCCAACGCAAAAUUCUACACCUUACGAUGAUGAAAAGACUCCCGAAAAUGGCGUGAAGAAUCCUUCCCUUCCAUCUAAACCGAAACAACCUCCGGAACAAAAUGUUCCUAUAACCCCGGACAAUCCGGUGCUUCCUCCAAUAAAUUCACCUCCAAUUAAUAAACCUCCAAAUCCUAAAACGGAUGAGAUUCCUAAAACUUCAAAACCUGCGAUAGUAGGAAUGAUAUUCGCAAUAAUUUUAGCAUUGAUUGUUCUUGUAAUUAUAAUAAGAAAAGUUAGCUUUAACAAGAAUUAUUUUAGACAACGAACUCUUCAUCAACAAUUGUUAGAUAAUGAUGAGAAUAAUAAUUCUUAUAAUGAUGUUGAUGAUAAUAGUAGUAUUUCAGAAAAUACUCAAAAAAAUAAUACUAUUUUUAUUUUAAACAAACCACAAAGAACAUUAACUAAAGAUAGAAUUGAAGAUAUAAGUAGUAAUGUUACUAAUAUUUAUAGUCAUACUUUAGAUAAUCUAGAAAAUUCUGAUAUAAAGCAUGAUAGUAUUGAUAGUAGUUUAAAUAUAAGUGUAGAUAUUCAUAUUCCUCCUAAAAUUGUAAAUUGGGAAGAAUGUAUGAGAUAA